AUUCUUGCACUUGCUUUGGGGGAAGCUAUUAUUUUGGUUUGCAAGUGCUUGUAGGACUGUUCCAUUCCGAUAGUUGGUGGAAUCAGAGAACACAGAGUAUUGUGAUGGGCACAAGAAGGGAUUCUCCGACCAGGCUCGCGCGCCUUGGACGCCUGACGAACGACCCUAAAAGUGCGGAAGCUCGUGUAUUUGUAGGAAAUAUCUCACCACAAACAGCAUCGGAGCAAGAACUUCGUGACCUUUUCUCGCAGUAUGGUGAAGUGAUUGGCUUAUCGAUGCACAACAAUGGCAAGUAUGCUUUUGUGCAAUUCAGUGCCCAGGACCAGGCUCACAACGCUAUUAGUGGUGCCAUGGGGCACACGAUGGGAGGAAAGCGAAUCGAUGUUCGUCCUGCUGUCGAUAAAAAGUCGUCGGCCCCCCGUUCUGGGAGCCAGGGGGGCGGUUACAGCCGUCCUCCACCGCGGUAUUCAGAGCGGCCUCCUCCACCCCACUCGUCAUCAAGCUCACAUUCCUUGACUCCUGGCGAUUUUCGUCUGUUUGACGUUGGCCAAAUGAGCGGUGGUCGAUCUAGCUCUCCUGCUCCUGCAGCACACGAGUCCUCAGCUCCUCCAGAUUAUUCUGGUGCUGCGGGAGCACGCUAUGCACCACCAGCACACCCUCAAUCAUCUUCUGCAGUGGCUCCUGCCAGUGGGCAAGCAGUGCCACCAGAAACAGCAGCAGAUCAGAGUCAUUCUCAUGCUCCACCUCAUCAUGCACCGCCACCUCCCGCUCGGUCACCACCACGACCAGUGGAGGAAAGGCAUCACGGCAGAAGCCGUUCACCGCACUGGCCGGAACGACCUGCGUCUCCUCCAAGAUAUGAACGACGUGAGCGCUCUCGCUCACCUGGCUGGUAUCGCUAUGAAGAGGAGCGUAGACGCUAUGAGUAUGAGCUAGCACGAUGGGAGGAUGAGGAGCGUUAUCGUCGCUGGUACUAUGAAAACUACGGCGAGCCUCGCUACAGUGAUCGUCAUGACCCGUACUACCGAGAUCAUUAUUCCUACGAGCGUGGACGCGAGCGAGCAAGUAGGCAUGAUGACUACUGGCAGCGGCAAGACAGUCGUCACCCUGAACACUACCAUGACAGCAGGCACGCACCAGAGCACUAUCGCAGUGAGCACCAUCACCCUGGUCAAGCUGGUGCUGCGCCAGGACCUGCCCGGCCUCCUCCUCGUCCCCAGCACAAUGAGCUUUUUGAGAAAGAGCGUGCUGCUGCUGCACCUGCUCCAGCUUCUCAGCCGCAGAGACCCCCACUUGAUAGUUUGGUUUUGAUGGUGCACAAGCAGCAACAGGGUUAUGCCAACAUGAUAUCUCAUCGUCUCAAGGAAGCGGGCAUGCUAUCUGAGACGCGCGAGAUGCCGGGAACUGCAUCCCUACCUGACAUCAUUGCAGCUGGCAUCAAGCGCAAGCUCCUGUUCUUAUUCGUUGUCACAAGUGAGAAUGAGCUUCAUCGAUCACUCUCUGUUCACAUCUUGCAUAUGUCGCCAGUACAAGAGCACAAGAACAUGCCGUUUGACGAUGCUCUUGAUCUCGUUAAGCGGAACUUUGAAGAGUAUUGUGCUGACGUUCGUGCUGGACGAGUUCCCUCUCGUCUUGCUCCUGUACAGCCAAAGCCUGGCGUCGCUGCUCCGGCAGGUUCCGUAGGCUCUUCUAAUGGCACAGCCAGUGCUAGGCCUGCAGAUGGCCCUGUACCAGCUGGGCCACCACAGCCGUCAGGGGCCAAUGCAGCCGCCGCUGACAUCUCCACAGAACAGCUCUCCUCACUCAUUAGCACUCUGAGGGAGAAGCAGCAGCAGCAGCAGCAAGCUGCGCCGGGUAGCGCUGAUGGUGCAGGCACUGCUCCUGCGCAGCAGAGCAUUCCGCCGGUGGAGAUCAAGGAAGAGCCAACACAGCCCGCUGCUUCAGGCGAGGCAAAGAAAUUCAGCUGGACCUGAAACGAAAAAAAGCAUCGUCAUUGUCUCGGUGCCUUGUGUCAUUGCUUCUCAUUGUGCUUUCUUUCGUGUGGUGGUUUUUGCAACAAUUCUCCCCAGGUUCCUGUGUCUUUUAUAAAUUGUAUCAUUGUAACAGUGUUGUUUCUUGUUUUUAACAUUGUCGUGUUGCUGUCUACCAUUGUCAUAUUACAUGAGUGUAUGUGUACUGAUUUUACCCUUAGUGAACCAAAAUUUAAUUAGUGCGGGGUA